GCUUCAGUAGCGAGAGGGGCUGAGAAAGUGGUGACACCGCCGGGGUGCGGAGGGAGUCCCUGAAACUUCUCCCAACAGCCCCAGGGCCCAUCUCCCCUCAGCCCACUCCCCUCGUCGCCAGCCUCCCAGGUCCCCACUCCCUGCACCGGGGGUGGGGUGGGGAGCCGGGCCCGUCUCCCGCUGGGACACACACAGGGGCCGGGAGCGGGGACGGGACCCCCGAGGCGGGGGGGACGGACCGACAGACACAGACGGCCGGGCGUCCGCCUCAGCGGGCAGGCGGGCAGGAGGAGGCGGAGGCAGGGGUACGACGGGGCGGACUGGGUCUGGGGAGUUUCCUCUCAACUAUCGGGGGAGAAACUCCCCGCAGCCGGAGGAAAGACCCAGGCGGUGUUUUCCUCCCGGGGGCCGCGCUCCCCCGCCCCGCGUAGCGGCGGCCACUGCCACCGCCGCCGGCGCCUCCACCUCUGCCAUCUCCUCUUUCUCCACCACCUCGGGCCCCGGUGUCCCCGGCCAGCACUAUGCCCAUCUUACUGUUCCUGAUAGACACGUCUGCCUCUAUGAACCAGCGCAGCCAUCUGGGCACCACCUACCUGGACACGGCCAAAGGCGCGGUAGAGACCUUCAUGAAGCUCCGUGCCCGGGACCCUGCCAGCCGAGGAGACAGGUAUAUGCUGGUCACUUUCGAAGAGCCGCCCUAUGCUAUCAAGGCCGGAUGGAAAGAAAACCAUGCAACGUUUAUGAAUGAACUGAAAAACCUUCAAGCUGAAGGACUUACGACUCUUGGCCAAUCCCUAAGGACAGCUUUUGAUUUAUUAAAUUUAAAUAGAUUAGUAACUGGCAUAGACAACUAUGGGCAGGGAAGAAACCCUUUUUUCUUGGAGCCAGCAAUAAUUAUUACAAUUACUGAUGGGAGCAAGUUGACUACUACCAGUGGGGUGCAGGAAGAGCUCCAUUUACCUCUUAAUUCUCCUUUGCCUGGAAGUGAAUUGACCAAGGAACCUUUCCGUUGGGAUCAGAGGCUGUUUGCAUUAGUGUUGCGGUUGCCUGGCACUAUGUCUGUAGAAUCAGAACAGUUGACAGGUGUGCCUUUAGAUGACUCUGCAAUAACACCAAUGUGUGAAGUGACAGGCGGUCGCUCAUACUCUGUGUGUUCUCCACGAAUGCUUAAUCAGUGUCUAGAGUCCUUGGUGCAAAAAGUGCAAAGUGGGGUGGUAAUCAACUUUGAAAAAGCAGGACCAGAUCCUUCCCCUGUAGAAGAUGGUCAGCCAGAUAUAUCAAGACCUUUUGGAUCUCAACCUUGGCAUAGCUGUCACAAACUCAUAUAUGUCAGACCAAAUCCUAAAACUGGGGUUCCUAUAGGUCAUUGGCCUGUUCCAGAAUCUUUUUGGCCAGAUCAGAAUUCUCCAACACUACCACCUCGUACAUCUCAUCCUGUAGUGAAGUUUUCCUGUACAGACUGUGAACCAAUGGUUAUCGACAAACUGCCUUUUGACAAAUAUGAAUUGGAGCCUUCACCACUGACUCAGUUUAUCCUGGAAAGGAAAUCUCCUCAAACAUGUUGGCAGGUGUAUGUGAGCAAUAGUGCAAAAUAUAGUGAACUUGGUCAUCCUUUUGGUUACUUGAAAGCCAGUACAGCACUGAACUGUGUCAACUUAUUUGUGAUGCCUUACAAUUAUCCAGUCCUUCUUCCCCUCUUAGAUGACUUGUUUAAAGUGCAUAAAGCAAAACCAACAUUGAAAUGGAGACAGUCGUUUGAAAGUUAUUUGAAGACAAUGCCUCCCUACUACCUUGGGCCCUUGAAGAAAGCUGUUAGAAUGAUGGGAGCACCUAACCUAAUAGCAGACAGUAUGGAAUAUGGACUUAGUUACAGUGUCAUCUCAUACCUCAAAAAGUUGAGUCAACAGGCCAAAAUAGAAUCUGAUCGAGUCAUUGGAUCUGUAGGUAAAAAAGUAGUACAAGAAACUGGUAUUAAAGUCCGAAGUCGAUCCCAUGGUUCGUCAAUGGCAUAUAGAAAAGAUUUUCAACAACUCCUUCAGGGAAUUUCAGAGGAUGUCCCUCACAGACUGCUGGAUCUUAAUAUGAAGGAAUACACUGGGUUCCAAGUUGCUUUGCUAAAUAAGGAUUUGAAGCCUCAAACGUUUAGAAAUGCCUAUGACAUACCAAGACGUAAUCUUUUGGAUCACUUGACGAGAAUGAGAUCUAAUCUUUUGAAGAGCACUCGUAAAUUUCUUAAAGGACAGGAUGAAGAUCAAGUACACAGUGUUCCUAUAGCACAAAUGGGGAAUUACCAGGAAUACCUCAAGCAAGUACCUUCUCCACUGAGAGAACUUGAUCCCGAUCAACCUCGACGGUUGCAUACGUUUGGCAACCCAUUUAAGCUGGAUAAAAAGGGUAUGAUGAUAGAUGAAGCAGAUGAAUUUGUGGCUGGACCUCAGAAUAAACAUAAGCGACCAGGUGAACCAAAUAUGCAAGGGAUCCCUAAGCGACGUCGGUGCAUGUCUCCUCUCUUGAGAGGCAGGCAGCAGAAUCCUGUCGUGAAUAAUCAUAUUGGAGGCAAAGGACCACCUGCACCUGCGGCUCAAGCACAGCCAGACCUCACUAAGCCCCUUCCUCUUCAUAACAUUUCAGAAGCUACUAAUGAUUCAACAGCGGAUGAUGUGAUUGAAAAUCAUGUUACAGACCAACUUUCAUCAGAUGUUACACCAAAUGCUAUGGAUACUGAAUUUUCAACGUCAUCUUCUCCAGCCAGUAUACUGGAACGACCAACUAAUCAUACAGAGGCUCUUGGGCACGAUCAUUUAGGAACUAAUGACCUCACUGUUGGUGGAUUUUUAGAAAAUCAUGAGGAACCAAGAGAUAAAGAACAGUGUGCCGAGGAGAAUAUACCAGCAUCUUCACUCAGCAAAGGAAAGAAAUUAAUGCAUUGCAGAAGCCAUGAAGAGGUCAACACUGAAUUAAAAGCACAAAUAAUGAAAGAAAUCCGAAAACCAGGAAGAAAAUAUGAAAGAAUCUUCACUUUACUGAAGCAUGUGCAAGGCAGUUUACAAACAAGACUAAUAUUUUUACAAAAUGUCAUUAAGGAAGCGGCAAGGUUUAAAAAACGAAUGCUGAUAGAACAACUAGAGAACUUCUUGGAUGAAAUUCAUCGAAGAGCUAAUCAGAUCAACCACAUUAAUAGCAAUUAAAAGAAAAUAGAGUGCGGCCUCUUAUUUCACUGUCUUCUCCAAAUACAAAGUAAAUACAAGACUGUUGUGAUCUUGCAUUCAUUUUUUGACAUGCAUUGUUGGCUAUUUGAAAUACUAAGAGCAAGACUCCAGAUCCUUUUUCCAUCAUUUUACAGUGACCUUUUCUUCAUUUUGGUUUAUUUUUGUAAUGUGAAAAGUAUCACUCUAAAAAAAAUUUUUAUUUAACAAACUAAAAAUAUUCCUUCAAAUCUCUUGCUUGUCAUUGACUCUUGCGUGUCAAUUUCCCUCAGGUUCUAUUUUCUUAAACCAACCUUUAAAAGUGUCACCUCUGUUAAGGUUGAACUUUGCCAAAAAAAAAAAUUAAAAAUAAGUUACUUUGUAAUUUUUGGGGAAAAAAAAGCACAUACAUUAAACUAGGUAAUGUUUUGUAUAUACAGUUAUUUUGGAUAUAUUAUUGUAAGUUGUACAAAUGUAUUUUGAAGAAUAUUUAAGAAAAGCACUUUUGUUAUUCCAUCAAUAAAUGCUCUAUUUUACUCUUGUGUGGUUUAGGAAAUAAUGACAUUUAAAGUAAUCACUCAAGAAACAUCUAAAGACAAUGGAAUUUUAAAGGCCUUGCUUUUUAGCAUUGGAAAAGUACACACUUAAUGAUCAUAUUUGUUAAUGAUCAUAUUUGUUAAAUCUACCUGUAAUUACUUGUUACAUAACACAAGUCUGCAUUGUCUUUUUACCAUGUUUGUAGUUUUUGUUGGCCAAGCCAACAUACUCCCAUUUCUAGGUAAUGGGAGUGACUGUCUGGCAGACAGACAGACACUUUAAAAGCUACUCAGAAAGCAGACCACUUUGGACAUUAUUGGUUUUCUUAUUUCCCUUCAUCCCUGUUUUCUUUCUCAGUAGAAUUGUCAGUGGCACCAAGUGGGGGCUGUUAGGGAGUGGUUAUGCUUGGGGUGUACUGCAUACUCUGAAUUGCCUAACCUUUUGCAAUCUGAUGCCAUGCUUACAAAAGCCCAUGAUUUAGAGGCUCUGAGGGGAUCUCCUUCUUCUGCUCUGCUAUGCUCACACUGAACUCUCCAUUUUAUUUAGAAAUGAAACGAAAAGGAAACACAUAAGAUGACUUGUCCCGUUUUGCAUUCUCUGUGAGUUAAACAGAAUAAGGAAAAUUGACUCUUCGCUUUUUGCCUCAGUCCAGUGUGACUUCAUGUGUCAUUACUGUGGAAGCAGUCUCUGAUUCAUUCAUGCUUCAUAGAUUGCUGCUGUACCUUUUAGUGGAUUAGAGAUGCCCAAUAGAAAAAAAAGUUAAAAAAGAUUUAAACUGAGAGAGCAAAAUAAAUGUAUAAAAUUAAAAUAUUUUAAGCCCAUAAUAUUUGAAAAUCACAAAACUUAUCUUUUGCAUUUUAUCAAAACUUUAAGUUGCAAGAAUAUAGAAAAUACAGGAAAAUGAAGCUCUUUUAUGAAGAAAAGCAUAGAUAAAAGGAGACAGCAUGCUUGAGAUCUUCUGAUUCAGUCAAGGGGACUUGAAACUCUCCCAGUACUGAGGAUAAGCCCUGUCAAGAAAAAGAAGCAUUUAAUCUGAACAUUAUGUAGUAUUUUCAUAAGCAAUUCUUUCAAGCUUUUUUGCCUCUACUGAAUACCUUUAAGUAAAAUUAGCUACCACUCAGCGGAUUAGGAAUUGUUAAGGAAGUUGCCUGCAGUAAGCAUUGCAAAAUUCAACAUGAACUAUACAAAAUCCAGAAUAUGUCUGUCCUCAAAUUAUAUUUAGUUAGAUCUUGAGAUUAAUAGAAAGACUUAGAAGUCACUCAUUUAAAAUUCAUAUUUAGCAAUAAUAUCUAGGAAAGAGAAUCGCUGUAUUCUAAUAGUUAGCAGUUUUUUUUUUAUUUAAGUUAUUUCCGUCUCACAGGUUGCACGAAGUGUAAUAAUCCUUUAGAUCCCUAGCAGGUUGUGCAUUUUUCAGAAAGAACUUUUAAGGGGGUUGGACAGUAGCAGUCUGUUCUGUCUUCUUCUUCUUCUUUUUUUUUUUUUUGUCCUUUAUCUCUCAGCCACAAUGCUCUUUCCAUCCUCAUCUCCGAUCCUAGUUCUACAAUUUGAAUUCAUCAUAAUGACAGUUUAACAUCCCUUUUUUGUUUAAGUUUUUUACAUUUUGUAAAACUGCAAGCAUAUUAGUUUGUGUAAUACUUACUGUAGAAUUCUUGUCAGCAAAGAGGCAAGUAAUUAUAUAUGGGGAGAGUAUCAUGUCUUUUUUAAACUCUUCAUAUCACUGAAAAUGACCUUAGACUGCGCAAGUGAUAUUCUCUAAAAUUUUAGUCUUCAGGGUUAUUAGUUGCUCCUUAUCAGUAUAUUUGUUUGGAGUUGUGAAUGACAGAGUUUCAUUUUUAAUAACCAUCACCAGCAGAAAAACCACUUUGUUGCCUUGUGUGUGUGAUGUGGGCAAAUGCCUCCCAGAAAAAGAAAUAAAUUCACUAAGAUUAUGCUUAUAUUUGCAAUGGCUUAUGGUACCGGUUUUAGAUUAACAUUUCAUUUUCAUUGUAAUAACUAAGACAGUUCUGAAAGUCACACCAUUGAUUUUUGUGGUGUGUCCUUUCCUACUUGCAGGAUUUAACAUCAUUUUUAUGUAGUUAAGUUCCAAAAACAAUCUUUCUCUUUUAACCAUCAUCAACCUUUAUUGGCUGUCAACUUUUGGCAGUGGCUUUUAUGUUCAAGUUUAGUCCUGCAUCCAUUAUUUCUUGAGAGAGUAAAACCUGUCAUUAUUUUCAUCUUUCAUUUUUUUGACAUGUAUUCUUUCUAAGAGAGGGCUCGGCUGCCUGUUCUGAGUGACAAAUGGCAUUUUCAUCUAAUCACUAUGGGGUUGGGAUGAUCAUGAAAUACUGGGAAGAUAUUUUCUGUUGAUGGACUUUUUCUCCUCUAAAUAAUCCCCAAAACAAGUUAUUUUCUAGUGAAUGAUUAUAAUCAUCCUUUUUGUCACAAAAAUGUUCCUUUGAUUUCCAGCUCAAGUUACGGCACUAAUGAUUUUCAGAUAAAAUGAUGUAGACAGUAUUUCCUUAACAAUUUGUGUAAAACUCUGCGUAAUUUUCAUUAUUCUAACAUUUGACAUUUUUUUUGCUCUCCAUAAAUAAAAGUAAUACCUGAUGUUUAGUUAAAGUAGAUCCACCUUUGCUUGAUUUUAUUAGUCUUGUUCCAUCCUAUUUGUUUAGAAUUGCCAACAGCUCUUUACUGAGAAUCUCUGCCUUCUAGGCUAAUAAGGUAUUGUUAGAGUGGGAGGAGGAACUAAUGUAAAGAUGUUACAUUAAGCUUAACUGACACCUUAAGUGGCACCUCGUGUCUCAUGCCACACCAUCUCUGAAUUAGCAUAACAUUUGCAUAUGGGACUUAAAAGUAGUAGUAGGGCAAAUAUUAGAGUUUCGAGAAAAAUCAACUGAAGAACAGUGUAAAAAAGCCUGUUGUGUUGACUGAAAUACUAGAGUUGCUGUGUCCCAGGGAGACAACUACUACUUGAGUGGCCUGAAGAAACUCUUACAACAGAGAAAAGAAGGCAAGAUUCAGGAUUUAUUCUACUUAAAUGAUUUCCCUAAGUAUUUCCAGAAAUAGAAGCUUAUUGAAGUUUUUUUUUUUUUUCCAAGUCUACAUAAACUACAUAUGAGCCAAGGGAAUGAGAAAGCAAAAAACAAAACAUAACCUCAUGGAGAAUAAUAGUUUGUGUUCAUGAAAUGUUCUCCUUUCUCAGAGUACAGGGCACAGUGACUGGGAAGCAUGGCAACAGCUAGAAGGAUCACUUGUUUCAGGCAAUAAUGGACAAAAGAGCCCUUGUUGCUAGAUGGAUGCUAAUCAAUGUUUAUUUGAAUCCUGUCAAAAAUAUUAUAAUACCUGUUUUGGGUUCUCGCAGGAAAAAGAUGAAUGGCCGAUCUGCCUUAAAAAUAGGAAUUCGAGACCUUUUCAGUAAUAGCAAAGCUGCAGAAAAGAAAGAAAAUUCUCAUUUUACUUUCUAUUUACUUGCAGCAAAAUCAUAUAAAGUCAGUUGUAUAUCCCUUAGUUUUGAGGAAAUUAAAGCAUCCUAAUGACACUUCAUCGUUUACUGAUAUGAUGGGGAGAGGUACAAAUAGGAUCAUUGAAAAAGAAAAAUAACAACCAAACCUCUCAACCAUUUUCAAAAUAUACCGUGGAAUGUAUUCCUUUUGCAGGGCAAUGUGCAGAACUACUAUUCUUUGUGUGAUGAUCAAAAUGGAAUUCUCUUUCAUCACUUUUCAAAAGAGUUUUUUUGCUUUUUUUAAAAAUGCUGUGCCAUCUCUGGACUUGGAGUUUUAAAAGGAAUGGUUUAGAAGUGUCAAGAUUCAACUGUCUAAGUUUAACAAAGGCAAAUAUGAGCAAGCAGUGUAUUGGGAAUUGCUUUCCCCUAUGGAGAGCAUACCUGUGGCUGCAGAGGCUUUGGUGCCUUCCUCUAAAACCGCAAUCUUGGCCUUGUGGAUCGCUUCAGAAACAUAAAAGCCAUCUUGGCCUA